UCUGUAUUCAGUAUUUCCUUCCUUAAAGGAACUUUGUGUUAGUUUGAUUAUUAAGUUUGUGUGAAGAUCAGGCAUGUGGUUGUAAUAUGGAGCUGUUUAUAUUAUUUGGAAUUACUAUUUGCGGUCAAGUGCUCGGGAUAACUUUGUCAGGAAACGGGACAUCUGGAGGUUUCACAGUCCAUGAAAACUCAUCACUGCAACUGACGUGCUCUUCGUCUACCGAUUUUAAGUAUGCAAGCUACAAUAGAAGAUAUACGGAUAAAACUCCCGAUAUUAUAACCGCAGUAGGGUACGGCUCAUCAGGAUGUGCAACGGACCCCACACCGCCGGCGUACCUUAGCUGCUCCUGUGUCAGUAAAAGGGAGUACGUCUGUGUCAUUCGGAACGUCACUAGAGCUAUGAACGGGGACGUUUGGUUUUGUAUUCCUCCAGCAGAUAAUACAAAUAGUAACAGUGGUGAUAAAACAAUCGUCGUAACAAUCGGUAUAACUGCGGUGUCUAUGGUAUUACCAUCGGACCACUCCGUCUCCGUCAUAAACAACACGACAAGGCAGUUUCGAUGUGAGACGUCUGCCGGGAACCCCCAGGCCUCCGUGGAGUGGUACAAGGAUAACGGUACACUGGACAGGGCGGAUGACACUCCGAUAACUACCGGGAUAGAGACAGACACUAGCGCAAGUGGUACUAUUAUUGUGACUAUCGGUAAACUGACGUUGACUGUGCAGAGAAACGAUCAUGACGUGGGCGUAUACUGCAGGGCAAACAACGGCGGGGAUUGGCUUUACUCAUCCAGCGCUGUCUUAGAUGUUCAGUACAAACCAUUGACCCCGAAAGUAUUCUAUAAGCAUUCCGAAGUAACCUACCCUGUACGGGUAAUAUCCGGUCGUUCUAUCACGCUCACCUGCAGCAGCACGGGAAACCCGAGCCCCACUUACACGUGGACUUUCCCUGGCAGAGGCUCACAAAGUGGACCCAUGCUAACACUGGCUAGCGUGCAGACCGCGCACACAGGAGAUAUCGCGUGUAUAGCAAUGAACAUGCUGUCACCUACUGGAGGGACAACGGUUGAAAAAAAGAGACAAGCAACCAUAAACCUUCAAGUUCUGUAUUCGCCUCGUGCACCAUCAUGUACCAUAGGCGGGACUUCUAUCUCGACCACUGCUAUACUCGUGGAAGGCAUAGACCGCAACAUCAGCUGCAUCAGUUCCGCCAACCCGCCCUUGAUUUCGUACACAUGGUCAACUCCUGGACGUGGACAAGUGUCUGGAGCCAGCUUAUCUCUGGUCAAUGUCCAGCACCCCGCCGACCAAGGCCAGUACACUCUGACGGUUACAAACACAAUGGAUCCCACAGGAGAAAAUACGGAAACAGGAACUGGCAACACAAUGUUCUCAGUGGAUGUUCAAUUUGGUCCUCAAGUACAACCUACGGGGACCCAUGACAUAUUAAGGGGUAGAGAUUUAAACUUCAAAUGUCCGUUUGUCUCUGGAAAUCCUGCUAAAACAUCCUUUGUCUGGACGAGAUCAAUUGACAAAAGACAAUGGAACAGCCAGAUUGUCAGUAUCACCUCUGUGCAGAAAUCGGACGACGGAAUUUAUACGUGCACCGCUACGAACCACAUGACGCCAACUGGAUCUCCCGGCCUGACAGGAAAUCACAGCGGAACCUUGCACCUUAAUGUUCAGUAUAAAUCUGUCGUCAGUGACUUUCAUGUUACUGAGCACAUCGGAAAUUUCAACGUUACCAAAUCAGAGUACAGCAAUGUGAAGUUUACUUGCACUGUGGAUAGCAAUCCUCAAGCAUCCAUCAAUAUUCGAAAGGAAGGUGAAAUAAGGAGAUCCGUCAAUAAUUCAACACAGCUUGAAUACACUAUUGCAAACCUUACAUGCUGGGAUGCCGGGCUGUAUACUUGUGAUGGCAGUAAUGAGUUUAACACCGACACUCCUUCGAGGAAGAACUUGAAGUUGCUUGUAACUUGCAAACCAAGGCGUCCACCUGGCGAGGAUACACAGUUGACAUUUACAGCCCGACAUCACGAACAAGUAGCAUUGAAGUACACUGUGUUUGCGUAUCCGGUCCCUAGUCCAUCACAGUUUGUCUGGAAAAGAUGCAAGACAACUUGUGCUCAGUUAUCAAAUUUCCCCGGGAAGUAUGAAAUAAAAACGACAGGGUUGUCUAGUAAUUUGACCAUUUUGGAUAUCGAGACUGGUGAUUACGGCGUGUACAGUAUUUCGGUUAGCAAUGGAAUUGGCAAGGAUCUUGUCGAAAAUAUAUAUCUCAAGCCAGCAGGGCCACCAGAUCCACCGACGGAAUUCCAUGUAAUUGAGGAAUCUAUCGGAGAAACACAAGCAAUACUAACAUGGAUACCUGGAUUUAAUAACGGUUUAAGUCAAACCUUUCAUUUAUCGUAUGGAACAUUGAUUGAAUUCGCAACCAUAACUAAAGUUAAUAUUUCUCAUAACGAAUUCGAAAAAAGCAUCAACUAUACAAUAAACAAACUGGAACCUGAAAAGCAGUACUAUGUGGAACUUUUCGCUUCUAAUGCCAAAGGGAAAUCCAUGAGAGUCAACGCAACAUUUACUACAUUGGUGCGCAUUGUUAAUCCAAUGGGUCCAUCAGCUGCUAUAAUUGGAGGAUCAAUCGGAGGUGUCAUUUUCGCAGUGUUGAUUGUUGGAGGCGUAAUUUUGGGCGUUAUAAAAUUAAGAAAACUCGGCCAAAAGAAAGACAGAGAAAUGUUGGCCGGCAAUCAACGAGUAGAUGCCCUUUCUCAUCAUGUCGACGGGGAUGCUGAUAUUCCGGAUGUUGUUGAAAAUACAAUGUAUGUCCCUGCUGAAGACAUAUCACGACAAAUCAACACUUCAGGCGCAGAUGCCUUGUAUGCACAACCAAAUAAAACUAAGGCGUCAAGUUCAGCAGCUGCUGCAAAGAAGCAUGGAAAGAAGGCAUAUGAAAACAAAAUAUUUGAAGAUUCAUCGCUCGAAAAUCACGAGCUUACAGAAAAUAAGGUACAUAUAGUUUAUGUAAAAUCAAAGGCGCUAAAACAGUUUAUGCUCACUUAUGAAAUAAAAAGGGUCAAUUCCAAAAAUUCAAAAUUAUUUUAUUAUUUUGCCAUACUUUUGCCAUGAGUUUUUUGUUUUGUUUGUAAGACUCCUACCGUUGUUGGGAGCAAGCCGAGGUGAUUACGACUCUAUUUGACCGUUCCUAGGCGGUAUGUUAUAUAUCUUUGGCGUUUACCCUGUGGCGUUAAACGUGGUUUAUGUAUUUACGUUUGGCAACUGAGUUUGUUUCUGUAGUUUUUAAUAUGCCUAUUUAACACUGAUAACUUUUGCAUAUGUUCACUUUGUUCUUGAGUAGUAGAAUAAAUUUUCAAUUUUGGCAUUUAAACCAUUGAAUAUAGACAAAUGUAUUUAUUUAACAAUCAGUAUCACUGUAGGGAAAUUAAAAAUGGCGGACAGUCAAGACACACGAAUUAACGUGCAGGAAUAAUUUUUGAAAUUUUCGGUGUUUAACGUGCAAAUAAUCAACAAUUUAUUAGCAGAAUGAUUCAGGCAGAAGCCGUAUUUAUGGAUACCGACCUAAAGUGAGAAAUUAAGUAAACUUAAUGACAAUGAGACUAAUGUCAGCACACACAACCGGUUUACGAUGGGUGGGACAGAGGUCGAAUGGAAACAAGUCAGGAAGGACAAGCGUAGAAGGGCGAAUACAGGUAGUGUGGUCACGGAUAACACCAACAGAAUCAGCAAAAACGAAUCAAGGACUUCAGAUAUUAAAGACACCAUUAACCUGGUAACUUACAGAGUAUUGCAAAUGGACUGAAAAUCUAGGCAACGAAACUUUAUUAUCAAUCUUGACGAAAAAGACAAUGAAAAGCCCUAUGAAUCAGUGGAAUAUUUUCUAGAGUCCACAUUGUCACAAGAGCCUAACAACUUCAUUAUUGUGAAUGCAGAAAGAUUUGGUAGCAAGGACCCACCUUAGAACUCGGUUAACCGUCGUUCCAAGAACAGACCCAGAAUAAGGCCACUUAAUUUUACAGUUUCAUCUGUAGACGAAGCGGACGAACUGAUGAGGCGUAGCUUUCUUCUAAUGGUAGAGGAAUAACUAUGGACCGCUAUUACCCACCGGAAAUUUAGAAGAAACGUAGGGAAAUUUGGUCCAUAUAUAAGGACAUUCGAAAGCGUCUUGGUAGGAAAGUCCAGUUUAAAUGUCAAACAAUGACCGCCAACAACGGCGAGGUCAUAGUAAACGGUUUCCCACGUUGGUCAGACAGCUUUCAACAAUUUCCAACAAAAUUAAUAUAUUUUUAAAAUAUAUCACCAUGCGUCAAUCGAGUCAGACACCAACUUUGCCAGGGCAGGCAAUCACCAACCCUUAUCGUACUCUCAAGUCUUCCCAAAUGUAUGCACACCCGAAGUUUGGACAGCUGGUUUAAUUCGGCACAUUAAAAAAAUAAAUUGAAGUCCCCAAGAUUGUGUAAAUUAUAGACCAAAAACAAUUCAAUGUCAUCUUCGAAAAGUAUUCACAUUACUGUAGAUAGUAUAUUAAAUAAAUAUUUGGAAGAAACUUCUAUAAUAGAAGAAAAUCAAGCUGGUUUUAGAGCAAAAUAUGCAACGACUGAUCAUUUUUUGUUUUGUAUAAACUUAUAGAUCUACUACGGGCUAGAAAGAAAGAAAAAUAUACUGCUCUUAUGUCGAUUUUUCCUCUGCAUUUGACAAUAUCAAAAGAGUUAAUUUGUGGAGAUAACUUCUCCAGUAUGGCAUGUCAGGCAAAUUAAUACGUAUGAUAUACAAUUUGUAAAGCGAUAUUAAAUCCUGUGUUUCUGGUGAGAAUAACAUACUAUCACCAUUCUUUGAAAGUCAAAAGAGGUUACGGCAAGAAGAAAAUUUGUCACCGGUAAUGUUUGAAAAUUUUCUGAAUGAUUUGGCAUCUUUCCUUCUUAAUCUGAACAAUACAGUAGUCGAAAUAAGUGUACGCAACAUGGUCACCUAUCUAAAAUUACUCGCCCUAAUUUACGCUGACGAUACAGCGCUUCGUAGCGAAACUGAAACUGAUUUGAAAGAAAUGAUUGAUGAUUUUGAUAAUUAUUGCAGAACAUUUGAUUUAAAGGUCAAAAUCGAUAAAACAAAGGUAGUUGUUUUGGGACCAAUAGGCCGACUUGCUAUAGUUUCAAAAUAGGAGAACAUAUAAGAAACGGUUACUAAAUUUAAAUAUUUAGGAGUAUUCUUUUCAAGUUUUGGAAGUUUUCUUAACGCAAAAAACGUCUAGUUGAACAUACCAAAAAGGCAAUGCACUUACUAUAUGAACGUAUUUACAAUCUAGAUUUACCGACAGACUUACAAUUACAAUAAUUUGAUCAUACAAUAUUGCCAAUACUAGUAUCCUCGGGUAAAGUACGGGUUUAUGAAAACCUAUAAAAAUAUUGAGAAAGUUCAUCUAAGUUUUUUCAGAAAAAUAACAAAAACUAAAAUGAGCACGUUUGCUUAUAUGCUGUAUUAUGAAACUGGGCGAUACCCAUUAGAAAUAACUAUAAAAUGUAAAAUGAUACAAUUCUGGAUAUCCAUUCUUCGAGGAAAACAAACUAAAAAAUCACAUGUUUGCUAUAGAUCUAUGUAAUAUGAUAAUUGCAGAUCUUUUAAAUGGACAGUUUACAUCAAAUCACGGGGUUUCAAUAUGUGGUUAAAACAAUCUACAAAUACAAACCGUAAUUUACACAAGUGUUAAACUAGUCCAAAUCGACCAGUUCAAACAAGAUUGGCUCUCUGUAAUGAAUAAUUGUUCUAAAGGCAAAAAUUACUCACUGUUCAAGGAGACUCUCGAAUUAGAAUAAUAUUUUAAAAUCUUUCGUCUAUUUUGAAACUCUUUAUGAGUAAAUUCCGUAUGGCGAACUACAAAUUUCCGAUAGAAAUGGGAAGGUACAACCAAUUCUCCCGUUUUUGUUAAAUUAAAUUAAUUUUAUUGAAUUUCAUAACACCGUUUGUAACUUAUUUAUACAGUAUGUUUGUACAAGGCACAGUAUUUUAAGGCACUACAUUGUAUAUCCCCUUUAUCCCUUUUAUUCUAUUAAUAUAUUUAAAAUAACUGUUUCUUCUUUUCCAUGAUAAGAGACAUAUUUCAUACAAAUACGACCAUGAAAAAAUAAACAACCAUUUUAUUUUCGCCACUCGAGACAAAGUCAUCCUACUUCGUAUAAGUAUUAUCAAGCUCUUAUUGACACUGUUGACUAGUCCUAUUUAUCCUCAUGUUUUCAUGUAUGUAUGACCUGAGUGUAGAAAAGAUAUUUGUUGUUGUUGUUAUUGUUGUUGUUGUUGUUGUAUGAUAAUUUGAAACUAUUAUACUAUUAUUCACGAAGUCUACCUAGUAUGUCAGUUUGAGUUAAAUUAUAUAAACUUAACAAUGUUAUCCACACAGCGAUGCAUUAUGGGGUGAAUCAAAUUUUACAUACAAUCGUAUGAAUCUUUCUGAAUCUUACACAACACAAACUCAAAGCUAUUUACUACAGAAAUAAUUGAAACAACAUUGAAAUAAAAUCCUGGAACAACUGUUCAAACUUAGAUUAUGGAAUAGUUCCCGACGUUAAUUCAUGCAUGUUUUUAUCAAGGGAAAUCUGUAGCCGAAUAAUGUUUUAAUUACAUUUUAGAAAAAUGUAAACAAAGAUGGACUCGUCUACGCAGAUUUAGAUUUUCCUAAACCACAAAAAGGACAAACACCUUACAUACACGGCCUUGAUGACAGGACAGUGUAUGAAGAAGUUGAUUUGUCACGAAAGGCUGAU